AUGUCAAUGAAUGGCGAUAGUAUUCACUGGCCUAUGCAUACUUUAGAAACCCCACGAUAUGUUCAAAAACGUGUAAAGCGUAGUAUUGUACCAAGAAUCAAUGUACGUAGGGGUACCGAUGUCAUUGUAACGAAAUAUUCUGGAUUUGUAAUCUUGGACUUGUCUGAGAAACUCAAGGAAGACUACAGAUUCGAUUCUGAAAAGAGUGGACAAUAUCUGAGGUAAUUAAACCUGUUAUUAAAUCCAUGCAAAUGCAACUAAUAGGACGUAUCGACCCAGUCCUUCCAACCGCUACCUAGAUACAAAAUCAGCUAUCAUCGCAAACGAGCUCACGAGUUUCGAUCCAUAUAGAAAGUGA